AUGGUUAAUAUGAGGAACGCUCAAGAUUGGAUAGAUUAUUUGGAAUUAGAAGGUCAUCCAGAAGGAGGAUACUUUAAGCAAACUGGCGCAUCUGACCAAAUUGUGAAAUCACAUACGGGACUUGAUGUGCCUUUGUACACUAAUAUUUUAUUCUUAUUGAAAAGCGAUAACCCAUCUAAUUUUCACAGAAUAGGCUCAAAUGAAGUAUGGUACUUUCACGAAGGACAUCCAUUAACUGUUCACUGUAUUCAACCAGAUGGAAGGUAUGAAAAAGUGGUACUUGGGAGAGAUAUCUCAAAAGGACAAGUUCUUCAGUAUGAGGUACCCCGGGGUGUAAUUUUUGGAUCUAGUGUUGAAGAAGGAUACGGUUUAGUAAGCUGUAUGGUAGCUCCUGGUUUUGAUUUUCGUGAGUUCCAUUUGUUUGAAAGAGCAGAAUUGAUAGAACAGUAUCCUCAACAUAAAGAUAUAAUUAGUAAAUUGACUAAGUAG